UCACCUGCCCAUUUUGCCGACCCAUCGUCCUCCCGUUCCGUUGCGUUCGUCGUCGCCCAUCCCGUCGCGCAUCCUCUCUCCCAUUCCGUCGCUCCCAUCGUCGCCCUCGCCAACGCCCCGAAACUCCUUUUCGUCGCGCAUCCUCUCUCCCAUUCCGCGCUCGUCGCCUUCGCCAACGCCCCGAAACUCCUUCCUGUUGCGCAUCCCCUCUCUCCCAUCCCGUGUGUUGCCCUCGUCGCCCUCGCCAACGCCCCGACACUCCCUCCCUAG